GUUAGUUAGUCAGUCAUGAAGGGAAUGCUAAACGCGUCGCGUCUGUUGCUCGCCUGCGCGCUUGCUUGGCUUGGGUUAGCGCUUGGGUCACAGGAUGUGCCCACGCUGGGCGCACUGAGUGAUCUGAGCAGCAAUUAUUUGCCCGCGGGCAUGCCACAGCCGAACAUAACGCUGGCCGAUCUGCAGCGGCUGUUGCAACAAAAGUGCGGCAAGGCGAAUGCCCAGAAUGCCACAGCGCUCAGUGAGAACAUCGAGCGUGGUGCUGGCAAAUUGUUCGAGUGCAUCAAUGGACUGGCCAACAUUACGGUCAUUAUGGAGGAAGUGGAGCGCGCGCGUCCACGCGGCGAUCUGGAUGUGGUCUUUGAGAAAUAUUGUCGCCGCAUGCCACAAGCGCGCCAGUGCCUCAACGACUUCAAUGCUGCACUGCUGCCCUGCCUAAGCGAGCCCGAGCGUCAGCACAAUGCGAUGAUGUCGCGCAUUAUGGACAAACUGCUGCAAUUCAUUUGCUACAAGGACGGCGAUCAGAUUGCGCUCUUCAUUGCCGAGGAGGGACCCGAGUGCCUCGAGCAGCAUCGCGAGCAUAUGGGCAGCUGCCUGCAGAGCAGCUUUGGUCAUUAUUUGCCCACGGGCCUGAACAUUAGCACAGCCACGCUGCCCGAUUUGGUGCUGGGGCCGCGUCAGUGCGUCGAGCUGCAUGAUCUGGAGACGUGUGUGCUGCGGCAUCUCGAGCAGUGCAGCAACAUUACGCCCAGCAACAUUGUCGAGGCCAUGUUCCGUUAUGUGCGCAAGGAGUCCAAUUGCCAGCAGUCUGUCGAUCGUGUUGCCAGAGAUCACGCCGAGGCGCUUGGACUAACUGGAGCAGCUGGUGGCCGCCAGCAGCAGCAGCAGCUGCUGCUCAGCCUCAUGCCGCUUACACUUGCCGUCGCAUUUGUUGCGGCUUAAGCAGUUUUAGUAUUUAAAAUGCAUUUACACACACACACACACACACAUGAAUAAUUAUAUAGCGCAUACGAGGGCUGGCUACAUAAAUUUGCAUUUAGUAU